ACACAAACGUCGACCGGGAAACCGGUCGCAAAGCCCAAUUGUCCAACAUCACGGCGGCAAAAACUGUUGCCGAUAUCAUCCGCACUUGUCUUGGCCCUCGGUCAAUGCUAAAAAUGUUACUUGAUCCAAUGGGUGGUGUGGUUUUGACGAAUGACGGUAAUGCGAUAUUGAGGGAGGUUGAAGUGGCACAUCCUGCCGCAAAAAGCAUGAUCGAGUUGAGCAGAACGCAAGAUGAAGAGGUUGGCGAUGGGACAACUAGUGUUAUUAUUAUAGCCGGUGAGGUGUUGGCUGAAGCUUUACCCUAUCUUGAGCGUAACAUACAUCCAAUUGUCAUCAUCUCGGCAUUUAAGAAAGCACUUGAAGAUGCUAUCGCCACGAUCACAGAAAUCUCAAAACCGGUGGACACAAAUGACGAAAAUGAAAUGAUGCAACUCGUCAAGAGUUCUAUCGCUACGAAAUUUGUAAGCAGAUGGAGUGAUUUAAUGUGUACGUUAGCACUACAAGCUGUGAGAACUGUUGUAAAAGAAGAAGAUGGUAAAAGAGAAGUAGAUAUUAAGCGUUACGCAAGAGUUGAGAAGGUUCCCGGAGGGGAAAUCGAAGAAUCUAAAGUUCUAGACGGUAUAAUGCUAAACAAAGAUGUGACACAUCCGCACAUGCGUCGACGUAUUGAAAAUCCGCGAAUUGUUCUCCUCGACUGUCCUCUCGAGUACAAGAAAGGAGAGUCACAGACUAAUGCAGAAAUUACGGAUGAAAACCAUUGGAAUCGCUUAUUACAGAUCGAGGAAGAACAGAUCAAAGAAAUGUGUGAAAAGAUCAUUGCUGUAAAACCUGAUUUGGUACUCACUGAGAAAGGUGUUUCUGCCUCUCUGGUAUCAUCAGACCUUGCACAGCACUACCUCAUGAAGGCAAAUGUUUCCGCCAUACGCCGCGUCAGAAAGACGGAUAACAACCGCAUUGCCCGCGCGGUUGGAGCAACAAUCGUUAAUCGCAUAGAUGACCUGAAAGAAACCGAUGUCGGAACAGAAUGUGGCUUAUUCUUUAUCGAUAAAAUUGGCGACGAGUACUUCACUUUCCUAACAAAAUGUAAAAAACCCAAAGCCUGCACAAUCCUCUUACGUGGUCCGUCAAAGGACAUUCUCAAUGAAAUCGAACGCAAUCUCCAAGAUGCAAUGUGUGUUGCUCGUAACGUCUUCUUUGCUCCUUUAUUAUCGCCGGGGGGUGGUGCAACCGAAAUCGCGGUUAGCGUGAAGUUGGCAGAAAAAGCAAAGUCGUUAGAGGGUGUUGAGCAAUGGCCUUAUAAAGCAGUUGCAGACGCGAUGGAGGUUAUUCCACGAACGUUAGUGCAAAAUUGUGGUGGAAAUACGAUCAAGGUUUUGACCCAGCUGAGGGCGAAACAUGCUACUGGGAACCAUACAUGGGGAAUUGACGGUCUGACAGGCGAAGUGGUCGAUAUGAAUGAAUAUGGCGUAUGGGAGCCGCACGCGGUCAAAGUACAAACUAUCAAGACUGCAAUCGAGUCUGCCUGUCUGCUUUUGAGGGUAGACGAUAUUGUUUCUGGAAUCUCCAAAAAGAAGUCUGGUGGGGCACCAACAUCUGCACCGCCCGAUGCUGAAGGUGGGGAGGUUGAGG